UUUCUUUUCUUUCCACUCUAUUCAUUCUUUAGUCGCAAGAUAUGUCUGCUUGAUCAACUCUUUCAUAUUUCUUUUAUCUUUCCAACAUCUCUCUGUCAACACAAACGUCCUCUUCGGCAUAGAGUUGCAAUCACAUAUCAGCAGUACCACACGAUGGGUACGGAUGAUCGAAGCGGUCAGAUUCUCGGUGUGGCUAUAGCUUUCUUGAUACCCACUGCUUUGUCAACCAUCUUGCGAACAUACACCAGGACCAGAAUCCUGGGAAAUCAAUUUGGACGUGAUGACGUCGCCAUGCUCGCGGCCUUUGCGCUGUAUCUCAUUUACCUCAUCUGUCAACUCUCGGCCGUCGCACACGGAAGUGGUAAGAAGAGAGCACUCAUAGGCGAUGAUGACGAAGCACAAACAGCCUUGAUGUACUGGUUCUUCUGCGAAAUCUCCUACACCCUCGCAACUGCCACCCUAAAAAUCAGCAUUGGUCUCUUCCUCCUCCGCAUCGCCGUGGUGAAAACCCACAUCUGGAUCAUUCGCUGGAUCAUGAUCUUCAAUGUCGUCUUUGCUGUUCCUUAUUGUCUGCUCGUCACCUUUCAAUGUCGACCCAUUUCCUUCUGGUGGGAUUUGCACCCUGAACAUCAUGGCAAAUGUCUUUCUCCCAAAGUCAUUGUUAUCAAUACUUAUAUCAUCUCGGUGUUGAAUUCAGUGGCGGACUGGACGUUUGGCAUUUUGCCAUUUUUCAUUGUUAGGAAGUUGCAGAUGAAGAGGCAGACCAAGGUUUUGGUGGCUAGUAUCUUGGGAUUCGCCGCGCUUGGCAGCACAGCAACAAUCAUCCGCACACCCUUCGUCCACACCCUCAAAGACUUCAAAGGCGAAUUCCUCUACAACACUGCCGACGUCGCAAUCUGGACCACCGUCGAACUCGGCAUCGGAGCCACGGCCGCGAACGCCGCAACCCUCCGGCCCCUCCUCUCCCGCUUCCGCAGCCACAUGCGCGGCGGCCUCCCCUCAUCCACAGGCGGCAGCAAAGCCUUCACCCCCGGCGCCGGAAACACCUUUUCUCGAGGCGGAGGAGGCAGAAGUAAACGCCGCGAUCUGGAAUUCGACGAUGUGAUGACGCUGGACGAAUUAAGAGCCGGUGGUCAAGACACGGGGAAAACUGAAGUUACGAUUGCGGGGGGUAAUACGCAUGAAUUGCCACCUUUACCUUCUUCGGGCUUGGGAGCGUGGAAGACUAGGGAGAUUGUGCAGAGUGUGGAGAUCAGGGGGGAGAGGGAUAGUGAUUCUUUGAGUGAAGGGGAGGAUGGGAAGGAGGAGGAUGAGAGGAGGAUUAAUGGGAGACGGGGUGGGCUUGGACAGGGGCAGGGGGGUAGAGGGAGGCAGGAUACCAUUGAGGAGGAUGGGGUGGUUGGGCGGGCGCAGGUGCCUUAUGAACGGUUAUGAUCAGAGUGCACAGCUGCAUAAUUGAUCUUUCUUUUGUCCAAGCGUUUUCU